AUGUAUAAAGGAGGGGCUUUCGCGUUGAAUGCUUCGAAAAAAGCAGAAAAGCAGCACGAAUCAGAGAAGGAUAACGGGGACGAGAAUUUAUCGAUUCCCGAAGAGGAGGGAGAAUUUGACACCUGGAAACCCUCUCCUGUUUAUCGAACGAAGAAAAAGAAGACGCGUAAAAAAAAGAUUGGUUCUAAAAAGGCAGCGGUUCCGGUGAAGAAGCUCGAAGCUGUAGAGUUUGCUGAGGGCGAAUUUGAAACAUAUGUACCAAACGAAAAUAAUGAAUUCGACAACUACACUCCUUCACCACCCAUUGUCCGAACGAAGAAAAAGAAGACGCGUAAAAAAAAGAUUGGUUCUAAAAAGGCAGCGGUUCCAGUGAAGAAGCUCGAAGCUGUAGAGUUUGCUGAAGGCGAAUUUGAAACAUACGUACCAAACGAAAAUAAUGAAUUCGACAACUACACUCCUUCACCACCCAUUGCCCGGUAA